AUGUCCUCCUUCACAAACCCAAUCAUCGCCGGCUUCUACCCCGAUCCAUCAUGCAUCCGCGUAAGGGAUGUUUUCUACAUGACCAACUCCAGCUUCCAGUUCUUCCCGGGCAUCCCUAUCCACAAGUCCGAGGAUCUGAUCAACUGGGAACUCAUCGGGAACGCUAUCAAUCGGCCCUCCCAAAUCUCCCUCAGUCAAGCAACAACAAAGAUAAACAAUGCAUCCCGCCGUGAGAUCUUCACAGGUGGCAUAUACGCCCCAACCAUUCGGCACCAUGAUGGCGUAUUUUACAUUAUAUGCACAAACCUCACCGGUGCAGCCGAUAUGCCAAGUAGCACGGAUUUCCACCCGUCGAACUUCAUCAUAACAGCCACGGACCUUUCAAGUCCAGAUUCCUAUAGCGAGCUCAUCUACUUCGAUUUCCAUGGUAUAGACCCGAGUCUCUUCUUUGAUAAGGACGGGAGGGUUUAUAUCCAGGGGAGCUGGAUCUAUGGAUAUAACCAGAAUCCUGCGACUGUGAUCCGGCAGGCGGAGAUUAAUGUUGCCACUGGACAGCUCCUCAGCGAGGCCAGGGAUAUCUGGUCCGGUGCAACCGGGAAAGUGCCCGAGGGUCCACAUAUCUAUCACAAGGAUGGAUGGUACUACCUGCUGAUUGCGGAGGGUGGGACUCACACUCGACAUAAAAUUACUAUGGCUCGGUCGCGAAGCAUUUGGGGUCCGUUUGAAAGCGAUCCAGCAAAUCCUGUGUUGACGGCUGAAGGGUCAAGUGAAGUUGUCCAGUGUGUGGGACAUGGAGACCUCGUUCAGGAUCAGGAUGGACAAUGGUGGUGUGUUAUGCUCGCGAGGCGGGAGUAUGGGAGUUCUUACCCGCUAGGAAGGGAGACGUUUAUGACGAGUGUUGAGUGGGUUGAUGGUGAAUUUCCUGUUUUCAAGGACGUGAAGAUUGAGCAGGGAACUGGACGGCAAGUUGCGAGAAAGGCUGGGGGGAAACGAUCUGUGGACCUUGAUCUGAAGUCGCCCGCGACUUUGUAUCUGCGAACACCGCACUUGGAGAAUUAUCGCCAGGACGGGGAUGAGAUUGCCCUUACGGCCACUGACGCUGGCUUAGGGGCGCCUGAUGGGACGAUGACAUUCGUUGGAAGGCGACAGACAAGUCUAGACUCUACCGCUAGUGUUACAAUCAUACUGAGCAGUGCGGUCAGCAAAGAUGUAUCCUGUGGAUUGACGCUGUACAAGGAUGUCUUUCGGUACGCAGCGAUCGAGUAUAGGACCCACAGCUCGACUUUGGCGCUGGUGGUUCAAGAAGCUGGACAGCCAGUCACCACACUGUCUUCACACCCGCUACAGGAUGCUGUAUCGAUUCGUUUGUCGAUAAUAUCAACCGUCGAGGCAUAUAAAUUCGGAGCCCAAAUUUGCUUUUCCAGUGUUCCGACAAAAGACAUCGCGUUGGGAGAGGUACCUUGCUCCGCUAUGAGCGGUGAUGAUUUCACAGGAACUGUUUACGGAAUAUUUGCGUGUGGUGAUGGCAGCUCUGUGAUCUUCCGAGAUUUUGAGAUUGAAUCUGGAUAA